AGAGAGAGAGAGAUAAUAACCACAGUACUAGUAGGCUGGGAUGACACUUUCACUCUUGACAGGACACAAUCAACCUGACAAGACAGGGAAGAGUUGCUAUUUUGUGUUUCAUGAUCUGUGAAGUUUUCUCAUAAGGAGAAUGCACAGACCUGGACUGCUCCUACUGUCGCUGUGCGCCGGCUCUCUGCUGACCCAUAGUGGCGCGUUUGGGAAUCGAAGGCUGUGCGGGAUCCAGCUCGUGGAAGCGCUGCUGCUCGUCUGUGGUGAAAAGGGGCUCUUCUACCAGCCUGGCAGGCGUGUCAGAGAGCACAGUUUCCGCGUCAUGAUGAGGAACAGCCCCCUCUUCCGGCGGCAGACUGGAGUGGCUGCUCAGAGUGGAGAGAGAGGCACUGCCAGAAGCAGUGUUUCAAAGAGAGGCAUUGUAGAGCAGUGCUGUCAUUUCUACUGUGACUAUUAUGACCUGGAGAAUUACUGUAACACAUAG